AUGGAUGGUGGAUACAAUUAUAACUCCUACGGCGGUCAAGGUGGUGGCGGCGGUGGCUUCAUGCCUGGCGAGAUGAACAGCCCAUCAGGAGGGAAGGGCGGUGACCGUGAUAAUAAGACCCUUCGUCCCGUCACAGUGAAGCAAAUUGCCGAUGCCUCCCAGCCAUACCCCGAAGCCAACUACCAGGUCGACGGCGCAGAUGUCGUCAACGUGCUGUUUGUCGGCCAGGUGCGCAACAUCAGCUCGCAAAGCACCAACAUUACAUACAAGAUUGAUGAUGGCACCGGCGAGAUCGAGGUUAAGAAGUGGGUCGACUCGGCCACUGCUGACAGCAUGGAUACCGACGAAAGCAAGGCCCCAGGUGAUAGCAAGAGUGAGGUCCAGCUAAACGGGUAUGCCCGUGUCUUCGGUGCCAUCAAAUCAUUCGGUAAUAAGCGGUACAUUGGCGCACACAGUGUUCGCCCUCUGCAAGAUAUCAACGAAUUGCACUGCCACAUUCUCGAAGCAACGGUCGUGCAUCUUUUCUUCACUCGGGGACCCCCUGGCGACGCUAAUGCAGUAGCCCACGCUGGAGCUGGCGGUGAUGCAGUUAUGGGUGGCGCCGAUGACUAUGGAGCGGGCCAAAACAAGGCUCUCUUGUCCAUGUCACCCCUAGCGAAGAAAAUCUACCAACUGUUAAAGACCGAGCCUCAGGAUGAUACGGGCCUGCACAUGCAGCAGAUCGCCACGAAACUGAACACCCCGGCGAUGGAUGUCGCCCGUGCUGGAGAGGAAUUGCUGGGAGCGGGUGUGAUUUUCUCGACUAUGGACGAGCAAACAUGGGCUAUCCUCGAAUAUUAG